CAUUUUAAAAAUGUAAUUAUAUAUUACUGUUUUUUUUUUAAUUAAAUUGAAUUUUAAAUUUAAUAAAAAUAACUUUAUUGUUUAAUAUUUUAAAUAGAUUAAAUUAUCAAGUAACAAUUACUUCAAUCUUCAUGGAUUGUGCUUUGUUGGAACCAACCCUAUACACCAUCAAAGGAAUUUCUAUUUUGGAUAAUGAUGGAAAUCGAAUACUAGCUAAAUAUUAUGAUGAUAAUUUAUUUCCCACAGUUAAAAUUCAGAAAGAAUUUGAAAAAAACUUAUUUAAUAAAACACAUAAAGCAAAUGCUGAAAUUAUCAUGUUAGAUGGGAUAAUAUGUUUGUAUAAAAGUAAUGUGGAUUUAUUUUUUUAUGUUAUGGGUAGCUUACAUGAAAAUGAGUUGCUUUUGAUGAGUGUUUUGCAGUGUAUGUUUGAUUCUAUUGGCCUAAUUCUUAGAAAAAAUGUUGAGAAACGAGUGAUUUUGGAUAAUUUAGAUGUUGUUAUGUUAGCAUUAGAUGAAAUUUGCGAUGAAGGAAUUAUUCUUGAAGCUGAUUCUGGAGCUGUUGUACAAAGAGUAGGUUUACGGAUUGAUGAUAUACCAAUAGGGGAACAAACAGUUGCUCAAGUUUUCCAAUCAGCUAAGGAGCAUUUAAAAUGGUCUUUAUUAAAAUAAAGAUUAAAAAUAAUAUAUAGUAAUUUGUAUAUUAUUUUUAUUUUAAUUUCUCAAUAAAUUAUUUGUUGAACUAUUUUAA